CUUCAGCACCCAUGGCGCAGGCAAUUCCCAAAGAGGUGCUAGCAGUGCUGCCCACAGACCCUCACGAGCAGCUAAAACUGGCGCACAAAAUCGGCUCGCGGGCGUAUGCGCAGAAGGUGUCUUCCCUGGAGAGCGAGGUGGGCCACCUGAGGCGGGUGCUGGCUGACAAGGACAGCCACAUCAGAACACUGGAGACUCGCCUCACCAGCUACCAGCUCGAGCUGCAAGAGGCUCUUGACAAGGCUCGAGCAAGCACGGAUGCGCAGAGCAAGCUGGCCGGAGAGAAGGCAGCGCUUGUAGGAACAGUGCGCAGCCUCAACAAGCACGUGGCCAAGCUGGAAGGCUUCAAGCGCAACCUGCUGACCUCUCUUCAGGCCAGCGAGGAGGCUGUGGAUGAGUUGGGAGGAGGGUUCGCCGCUGCAGACCUGGCAGGAGAGGCGCUGGUGCAGGAAGCCCUGCAGCAGGAGCAGCUGCAUGCGACACCACACCGCGCCACGUCACCCUACAGGGGCAAUGGGCCCACCGCGGACGGCCGCACAGAUUUCCGCCACACAAUGGGCCACACGCCCGCUCCAUACACUCAGGCGAACGGGAAGCACACACCCGCCACCGCCCGCAGCCACGGUGGCAGCGGGGGGACCUCCCCGGCGGCAGGCUACGGCAUGCAUGCACCCCCUCACCAGGGUAACUCCCUCGGUGGGUACGAGACUGCUUCGCGGCCCCUUGACCAGCAUGCCAAGUCAGGCUAUGGGAGCCCGCUGGACCUGCCACGGGGCGACUACAGCAACAUGUCUGAGCUGUCAGCAGGCUUUGAGGCGGAGGGUCAGCAGCUGUAUGGCAGCCACCAGCAGGCAGACCUGCACCUUCCUGCAAACAGCUACGGCGCAGCCGACAGCCGCACACCAACCCUGGGCCGCCACACAACCCCGGUGGAUCCUUACAGCGGCACCGGUGGCGGGGAUGCUGCAAGAGGAACACCUCAGGAGUACGGCAGCCGGGAGCCUGUUCUGGCGCGCGAGCCACCUGCGCGCGGGUUUGGUGACGGUUCUGCGGCGGCCGCCGCUGGCCACGGCGGCCGGAUGCCUGAUCAGGCGCCGUUCGCCCGGGACGGCGGCGGCCGCGACGGCCACAGCGCGCAUGCCGCGCCGGCCGCCGGGCGACAGGGAACGCCGCUGGAUGGCAAGGAAUUCUUCAGAAGGGCGCGGGCGCGGCUGGCGACAGAGCCGUUUGCGCGGUUUCUGGCGGCAAUCAAGGAGCUGAACUCGGGCCAGCGCACGCGUGGCGACACCCUGCGGCUGGCGCGCGAUGUGUUUGGCCCCCGGGACGCAGAUCUCUACACUGCCUUUGAGGCCCUGCUAAAUCGCCAUUUACCCGCCCAGUGA